UUGACAAUUGCACACCACUACUGAUGUUCAGAAUGCUAGCUUCACCAAUACGCCUUUUGGCCACUGCUCUUGCUCUCACAGGGGAAGUUGCCGGUCUUCAGCUCCCUCUCUUCGGUGCCUCGGAACCCCAAAUUCCGGUGGCUGGGAAGGAGUUGAUCAGCUCCUCCGCGGUGCAAAGCCAGAUCGAUGUCGGCAAGCUACUCAACAGAGCCAAGCACCUGUAUAGCAUCGCAGAACGCGGAUCUGACGAGUAUAAUCAUCCCACACGCGUGAUUGGCAGUAAAGGCCAUCUGGGGACGCUGGACUACAUCUAUGCGACUCUGACGGAUUUCGACGACUACUACACCAUCUCUAACCAGACCUUCCCUGCAGUUACCGGCAAUGUGGUGGAAUCACGGUUGGUGCUAGGCCACACCGUGCCAGAGUCUGCUCUCCCCAUGGGCUUGACACCCCCCACCAAGAACCACGAACCGGUGUACGGACCGCUGGUGCUUGUCUCACGCCUGGGCUGUGACGCAGCAGACUACCCCCAGAGCCGAGGCAGCUGUCCUUUUGGUACCAAGUCCGCCUUGGCUGGAAAGGCCGGAGCCGUGGCUGCGGUGAUCUUCAACAACGAAAAAGGCGGCCUCGGAGGGACUCUGGGCUCUCCGUCUCCCAACCAUGUCGCUACCUUUGGCCUUUCUGACAGUGAUGCGGCGCCCUUCCUAGAACAACUCGGACACGGCCAGAAGGUCGAUGCAAUCGCCUACAUGGACGCCACGGUGGAGACCAUCACCACCACUAAUAUCAUUGCGCAAACCAAAGAAGGAGACGCCGACAAUUGCGUGAUGGCCGGUGCACACAGUGACAGCGUGAUGGAAGGACCUGGCAUCAACGAUGAUGGAUCGGGCUCCUUGACCUUGCUGGAGAUCGCUUCUUUGCUGCCUCAGUACCGGGUCAACAACUGUGUACGACUGGCCUGGUGGGCCGCGGAGGAAGAAGGACUGCUCGGAUCGGACUACUAUGUCUCGGUGCUGUCCGAGGCUGAGAACCUGAAGAUCCGGCUGUUUAUGGACUAUGACAUGCUGGCCUCGCCCAACUUUGCCUACCAGGUCUACAACGCCACCAACGCGGUCAACCCGGUCGGAUCGGAACAGCUGCGGGACCUCUACACCGAGUUCUAUGAGGCGCACGGAUUGAACUUCACCUACAUCCCAUUUGAUGGACGAAGCGACUAUGAUGCAUUCAUCCGGAAUGGCAUCCCCGGCGGCGGAAUCGCUACUGGAGCUGAGGUGAUCAAGACAGAGGAAGAGCAGAAGAUGUUCGGAGGUGUCGCUGGAGAGGCCUUUGAUCCCUGCUACCACCAGCUCUGUGACGACGUAAGCAAUGUCAAUCUCACUGCCUGGGAGGUGAAUACCAAGCUGGUCGCACACUCGAUUGCCACGUACGCUCGGUCAUUCGAUGGCUUUCCGAAGAGGACCGGGGUAGAAUCUGAGAUGAAUGACGAGCAGAGAAAGUAUCAUGGACACGCUCUGUUGUACUGACUGUAG